GACCGCAAUCUCGGUCGGUCGGACAGUCUGCAUGGAAAUGCGGUGGCGUGAGCGUGAUACGCGCGCGAGAUUAAAUUAGCAAAAUUUACACUUGAGAAACGUUUACGGUUUAUUUAAGAAUCAAAAUACAACACAACCGAGGGCUGAAUCAUAGCGCUUGCUUGACUUGAUCUUCUCUCUUCCGAAGCAUCAGCUGUCCUCGGGCGCCCCUCCUCCGCAGAUGUGGCGGGUGGCUGUCAAGUUAGCUUUUUAUCUCUUCUUCAAAAAGCGAUACUUAGCGUAAAAGUGAAGCAUCUGAAAGCGAUAUCUGGAUUGGGGCUAUUUUAUUGAAACGACGCUGAAUUUGAACAUUCUAACCUUAAAACUGAGAACGCCCGGCGCAAACUUGAAUUCACUCAGUGUUACAACAAUGUCAACAAGUAAGGUUAAGGGCUUACAAUAAUUAGACAAGUGAAAGAGUCUUUAUUUGCAUUGAUGUGGGUGAUGGUGAUAGAAAAAUUGUUUUAGUGAUUUUUAUUAGACUGAUGACGGGGAUUGUGAUUGUGAGCGUUUCUGGAUCUCGGCUCUGGUUUGCUUUUCGGUGAUUUAUUGGUCAGCUGCAUCUCUUCUCUGAAACAAAAUGCCUUCGUUGGUAAAGAGACAGGCGCCGAAGCCGAGCGAGGAGACGCCGCCGAUCUCGACGACUGUCAGUAGUCAACCUCUAAACCUGACGACGAUAAGAUCGGUCACGAAUGUCGACGAAACGGCGGGAUCCGCAAAGAUUGAUAAUGAGCUUGUUGAAGCAGUCAUGACGACGGAAACGGAAAGCAUCACCACUACCACGGCAAAGUCGCUGGAGGAAAAGAUGGGGAAGAGCGUCGAAAAACUAGCCGCUGAGGCUGGUCUACCCACGUGGGGUCUCGUUGCUAUUUUGAUAGCGGUGGCCAUAAUCGUGCUCGGAUUCUGCGGCUUCUGCAUAAGAAGAUGCUUCCGCAAGCGGCGCUCCAAGGACGGCAAGAAGGGCCUGAAGGGCGCGGUGGAUCUGAAAUCUGUCCAGCUGCUGGGCAGCACGUACAAGGACAAGGUUCAGCCGGACAUGGAGGAGCUGACCGACAACGCCGAGGAGCCCGACGAGGCCGAGAGCAAGCAGAGCGAAGUCAAGCUCGGCAGGCUUCAGUACAAGCUGGAAUACGACUUCAACUCGAACAGCCUGGCGGUGACCGUGAUAAAGGCCGAGGAGCUUCCGGCCCUCGACAUGGGCGGCACCUCCGAUCCUUACGUCAAGGUGUACCUGCUGCCCGACAAGAAGAAGAAGUUCGAGACGAAGGUCCACAGGAAGACGCUCAAUCCCGAGUUCAACGAGACCUUCACGUUUAAGGGUGUGCCGUACGCCGACGCGAUGAACAAGACGCUGGUCUUCGCCAUCUUCGACUUUGACAGAUUCUCGAAACACGACCAAAUCGGCGAAGUCAAGGUACCGCUCUGCCAGGUCGACUUGGCGCAGACGAUCGAGGAAUGGCGAGAGCUACAGAGCGUCGAGGGCGAGGGUGGACAGGACAACAAACUCGGUGACAUCUGCUUCUCCCUUCGAUACGUCCCGACAGCCGGCAAGUUGACCGUCGUCAUUCUCGAGGCCAAGAACCUGAAGAAGAUGGACGUCGGCGGUCUAUCCGAUCCCUACGUCAAGAUCGCGCUCAUGCAGAACGGCAAACGACUGAAGAAGAAGAAGACGUCCAUCAAAAAGUGCACUCUUAAUCCGUACUACAACGAAUCCUUCACCUUUGAAGUACCCUUCGAACAAAUUCAGAAAGUGAACCUGAUGGUCACCGUGGUGGACUACGAUCGCAUCGGUACGUCCGAGCCCAUCGGCAAAGUCAUCCUCGGCUACAACGCGAGCGGCACGGAACUCAGACACUGGUCGGACAUGCUGGCAUCGCCGAGGCGCCCGAUCGCCCAGUGGCACACGCUCAAAGAUCCCGAAGACGGAGACAAGAAGGACUAAGGAGAUUCCGAAUCGUACUAAGGGAAGCAAAGACUUCGAUUGAUCGAAGACACACGAGAGAAAGAAAGAAAAAUAAAAGAAAGGGACAAACAAACAAACAACAAUAAACAAACAAACAAAGAAAAAAAACCAAAUACCACCAAGAAAGAGUUAGCGUUAACGAUAUGUUCUCAUGGAGUGUAGUGUCUUGUAUAUACACAUACUAUAUCAGCUAUACUUCUCUCUGUAGACGUAACGGUUUAUGAGUUUAAAAUAUGAUUAUUGAAAGAGGAAACAAAUGAUAACAAAAACAAACAACUUAAGUAAGAAAUCGCGACGCGUCCUUUAAACGAAGACACGAACACGCAAAACGCAUUGCAAACCUACGCAUUCCAAAGAGCUUUUUCAUAUAAUAUAUAUAAUACAUGAUAUUAUGAUCGCUAUAUAUCCAUACGAUAUACCUUACUUUAUUAUUUUUAUUCACCUUUCGGUUCGGCGACGAAAGAUACAUAAGAUAUACUUACAAGCAGACUAAGAACAAGAGAGAUCGCAAAAACUGAAAAAAAAGAAAAAAAUGAUGAAAAGCCUCGUUAUAUGAUAAAAAAAAUUAAGAAUGAAGUUUCCCAGCUGUAUUUUGCCUGUACAAAAUAAAAUCUACGGGAUGAAAAAAGAAAUAUUAAAGAAAAAAAAAUAACCACCAAACAAAGACUCGUCUAUGUUCGUCAUUCUCAAACGUCCUUCCUUAAGCAGCAACGUUUCUUUACGUUACAUUACAACAUAUACUUCCCCAUAAACCGCGUUCUCCGAGAUUCAACUUUUUUUCUCUUUCCUCCUGUAGAAGCGAAGGAUCAAUGCUUUUGUCUGCGCUGUCUUCGUUGCAAUACACACCCACGCAGCCACGAUUAUUACAAUAAAAAGAUAACGGACAGAUCGACUAAAAUAUGAAUGACAAAAAAAAACGUGAAAAAGAAAGGAUUAAAAAAAAAUAGUAGAGAAAAAAAACUUACGCUACACUCGCCCAGGGCGUUCGCGCGUCUUCAAAGCGAUUUUGUCGACAAUAUAUAUACAUAUAUUAUAUAUUUGCUUCUCGUAUAAGCGACAAAGCGCCGUUACGCUGUGCUGCGCCUCGCGACGCAUCGGGUCCUUGGAGCCGUAUAAGCGAAUUUCACGUUUUGAAAGAAAAACACAUACACCCGCGCUAUAUGUGCACAUAAACGACGACGACGAGCAUCGUUCGUAUAAACGACGGAGUAACGAGGGAAGAACAAAGCUUCAUGGGUCCCAAGGGAUUCUUACAGCCGCGGAUCGUCGACAAAGAGAAACAAUUAUCAUACCUAUAUAACAUGAGCACUGGCCUACCCUACAUUCGACGCGAAAAGUCGCCGCGAACGAUGCGCCGCCGUCUGAAAUUGAAGUGAAAAGUAGCGAAUGUUUGCUUAAAAUAUUACCUACGUACGUGUAUAUAUAUAUAUAUAUAUAUAUAUAUAUAUAUAUAUAGCUACUUGUGCAUACCGUUGCGUCGCAGCGCCAAGCGUUCGGCGAUCGAUCGGCCUGUAAAUUUCGCGCGCUCGUGCAAAGCUCAGUUGUUGUCUUCUGUCGAAAAAACGUAGGACAGAAACGGAUGGCGUACGUAUAUCGGAGGCGUGUAUUAGAUGACUUUUUACGCCCUUUCAUACAUGUAUCCUGCGUUUCUGCUAGAUUUUUUCCAGAUAAUGUAUUAAUGAACCAUGGCGUUUCAAUGAAGAAUUGCAUAUAGAGUUAUUCUUAUUAUUAUUAUUAUUAUUAUUAUUAUUAUAAUCGACAAGGAUGAAAAUGGAAGAGCCCUGAUUGAUAUAUCGACGACGUAUUUACGUGUGUACGUAUCUAUGGCGCAUUGAUCAUUAUUAUAUACCUGAUAUAUAAUAAACUUCUUUGUUAUUAUAAAAGAAAAAAAGUCACGAAAGAGAUAAAUGAGAAAAAAAGGUUAUAUAUUUAAUUGUAUUAAGACGAAAGAUAAAACAAAAAAAGGUGUAUACUUUAACGUGUUGCUGGUAUUAUUGUAAGUUACAUGACUUGAGAAAAUCUAUUAUAUUUGCGAGAAAGAUAGAGCGCGAGAGUUUGUUUGUUUGAGAGAUCGAGCGAGUGCGAGAUGAUUAUAUUAAAAAUACUGAUAUAUGGAGAUUAAAAAAAAAUAAGAAGAAGAAAUGACGAGUAUGAUAGACUCAUCAUCUAUACUAUAUAUAAAAAAUAUAUAUAAUAAAGUACCGCUUGUUCAAAGAAAAAUGAAAAAAUGAAAAAUUCCGUUUCUCGAGCUGAUCCAUCUCUCGUAUCGCUUAUAUAUUAUUAUUACAUCCGAUAUACAUACCAUUGUAAGUGCGAAGUGUGUAUAUUUUUCUCCGACUCUGCCAUGUAGCACAUGAUUAUCGCUUUCACGACAUUUGAUUCAUGAUAUAUAGCGCGCGCACACAUCACACAUAUACUGUCAGUCCCGCAUUUCCACACGUUCGCCAUACCGAUAUAUACACGUACUAUAUAUUUAUAUAUAUCCUCUCGUUUUAUUGUCUCGAUCGUCUCGACGUAUACAGUAGAUUUGUUACGAAGGCGCAUUUGAUCUGUGUAAAUAAGUCCUGCCUCCCCUGCUGCCCCCCUUGAACGCCCGUCAAGAUUAACUCACUCGAACUGCUAUAUUGAAACUUGUGUCUGGAUUGUUACAUUAUAAUUAUAAUAUUCUUGGAUGUUUCGCGACGACGCAAGAGAGCGUCGACGUUAUAUUACAUUGUAUAUCGUAUAUACACGUUGCUGAGUUACGUCUAUAAGUUUGAUUCUCUGCUCUCUCUCUCUCUCUCUCUCUCUCUCCUCUGUAUACGUUGUACGAAUUUGUUUGCGAGCGAAUGUGAGAUCUCUCUCCUUGUGUUUUGUUUUCUCAGCGAUGCGAGAGCGACUCGAUUCUUUGAUUUGCGUUUUUCGAAAUCCGCUAUAUAUGAACUAUCUUAUAUUGUUAUAGGUAUAUAUUAUUAUUAUGAUUGAGAUGCAAAAAAAGACGUUAUCAUGUCGCGCAGUUGAGAUAUAUGCAAGCAUAUAUCUCGGAACCCUUGUAAUAUAUAAAUUGAAGGAAGCACAUCUGUAUAAUUUUAGACUUUGCUAUAUACGUAGGGGUAUACAACUCAGUCAGUCGUGAACAAUCGAUUUCCAUGAAUAUAUAUCUCACUCUCUAUCACGUAUUGUGUCCGGUUACAUUAUAAAGAUUAUAUAAGAAAAAUGGCCUUUCUUAAAAAACGCGACGCAUCUUUCAUGAACCCGCACACACAUGUACACCAGCAUACUUUCACACACGCGUUAUAAUAUUAUACUCAUUUCUCGAGGCGAGGCUAUAAGAAAGAUUGUUAUAUACCAGUAGAGAGUGCGAUUGUCCAGUGUGCUGAAAAAAAGAAGAAUCGAAACAAAAGGAUAAUAUAUAGGUAUAAUAUAUAGGAUACAUAAAGUAGAGAAGAGGAUGUGUGAUCGGUACCUGCAUCAAAGCUUCGUCCGGUGUACAUUAGCGUGUCACUUGCGUUUCUUCUGUCCGUUACCGUUGAUUUCCGAGUUAUCGAUCGUUAUAUAUUUCUAUAUAUUAUAAAUAUCAAAGUAAACGUAAAUAUAUCACACGCCAUAAACACACACGCGCGCGAUAAGAGUAUUGUAAGGUUUUCCGAGAGGCACACAAUGCACGCAUCAAAGUCGGUAAUCGAGAGAAACAAAUUAUAUAUAUAUCCCAUGCAGAGAUGAUCGUUAUACGCUAAACACGAGAGGAACAAGGAAAGAGUCCUUCGAGUCGGUGUACCUACGUACGCGUUUGAAAAUUUUCGCGCGAAAGUUCAAGGAGGACGUCGUUGCAUCGGCUUUAAUAUACCGAUAAAAAAUGAGCAGACACGACGGCAGGGAGUAACUACCGACGAAGAAUUCAGUGAAAAAAUAAAAAACAUAUGAUAUUAUUACGUAAGGCACGUGCACGUCACCAUUACCACAUCACCGCAUAUGAACACACAGUCACACUACACACUAUGUCACCGAGAGAAUCACACAGGAAUCACCAUAUACCUCACGCUAUCACGUAUCAAGUAUAUAUAGCGAGUCUAUAGAGAAUAGAGAAAGAAAGCUGGGGUUAAAAGAGGAAAACCGAAAAAUACACACAAGUACAGUAUAGUAGUUGACAGAUUUUAGAAUUUUAAACGAUGCAACGCGCGCGGAUCAUCAUCAGCUUUCUUAUAUACAAUCUCGAUUCGCGAGGCUCGACGACGACGCGGUGUGUGCAGCUCUCCUACAAUUAUGUCGGUUUUACGCGCAGGCGAGAUGACUUUUUUCACGUUGAAUAUUUAUAGAUUUGUUGAGACUUAUAUGAUAUAUACAAAACGACGUACAGUCGUCGUCGAGCGUCGCGUUGUCGCGAAUGAUAAGAGUUCAGUCCGCGAUACGAUAGGGAAAUACCGCGUAUAAAUAUUUAAAUAUUCAAGCAUACUCCAGCGAACGCAGAAGCUCUUGGCAAGAUUUGCGCUUUUUUAAAGAAACGAAAUCAAGGGAAUCAACAAAAAUAAACAUGUAAUCUUCCGAUCAUCAUGACCAAUUAAUACAGCGAGGUAUACAUGUAUAGUAUACGGAGAGCGAACGGGAUUACGUGGACGUAAACGGGAGGGAAGAUUUAUACCAGAACAUGUAGCAUGCCGCGCUCACUCUCUCACUCUCUCUCUCGUUAUAUACAGUACACACAUAUGAUAGAUAUGGUAAACACGUAGAUCAAGCUGAUGCAGCAGCGCGUAUAUGAUAUCGUGUAAGUUAAAGUAUGUAAGCUACUAAGAACUCGUAUAUGACUAUGUAGUCGCUUAUAAAAUCGGCAUUUCUUUGCAGAAAGAGAAUAGAAAGAACGACAGCACCGUACGCACUGCAUCGCACCCAUUGUACCCGCACGUCGCACACGUUUACACAUACAUUACAUACGACACACACGCAUCAGGCAUAUUCGCAUCACGUCGCGUCAUUCGUUCGAAAUAUAUACAGGUGUGCGGAAGCGCCAAAAGGAAUCUGACGAAACUCGUCGCGCAAAGGAGCGUACUCGAAUGUGACGAGAGGAUAAAUCGGGAGAGAAUAACUCAACAACACAACACCACGUGCCUAAAUAAUAAUAUACCUCGAUGCCUGUGCACUUUGUUUUCGUUUCGGAGAGAUGAUGGCUCGAUAUGUGCGUUUGUCUAUAGAGAGAUUAGCUCGUGUGUAUCGCCGAAUUCUCAGGGAGUUCCGAAUUAGAUCGUCUAUUCGUACGUAGAUUUUCUUCUUUGCGGUAUCUCGCGUUUUCAGUUUUUUCCACGCGGAGAGCGACAGCUAAUUGUAAUUAUACUUUGGAGAUGCUCGACCGAAAACAAAAGACUCGGGGAAAGAAAGUGUUCGACUGACUAUAAACGUGCGCGCGUGUAAAAUAAGCAUCGAAAAAUCUCGCCCAUGUACAAACAAUCAAUCAAUCAAUCGAUCGAUCGAUCAAUCAAUCACCCUCUCAUGCUCGCCCUUAUCACAGCAGAGUAUAGCACCAUACAAGGCCUGCUCGACGUCGAGGGAGUCCCUUUUGUUAUUUCGAGUACGCUCCGAAAAGUCAUAGUAUGUGAAACGCCGCAUCGCACUUUUUUACUUGCGCCCAAACGCUGCUGCUUAUAUCUCCGUUCGUUAUCGAUUAUUAUACACACAUACAAACACACACAUACUCGCAGACGCGCUCAAGAUUCGUCGUUAAUGAUUUAUCAUCGAGAGUUUCGUUGCAAAUAUAGUAUCUUCGAGUCUCUCAAGCUGUCUUAUCGAAGUGCAAUAAAAUCUUGAUUGUAAUUGUAUUACUACAAUAACGAAAAAUCAGUAAAAAAAUAGAUACCUUACAGACGCGUAUAUUAGACAAAGCUAAAAAUUGUUAUCUAUAUAGGUGUUCGUUUUUCGUGAAACUUUUCGAUGGUACACACACACACACACACACACACUUAUUGAAGUUUUGAAGAAAAAUAAAAUUAUAAUACAAUUACGCUGCUUCGAUCGAAUACGUAUAAUAUAUAAUUACACGUUAUAUGAAAUAUAUAGAUGUCACAGCCGCGAUAUAUUGCGCCUUUUUUAUCAGAGCGUAUAAAAAUUGAGACCUGCACCCGCAGCAACGUUAUAAAGCUCUCUGUAUAUGCGCGCGUUAUUACGAUAUAUAACUCUCUCUGCGAGCGCGAGGCAUUUUAUAAACGAAAAUCACGCAUUUUUCUCGUCAGGAUUUCGUUCGCGCCCCGCAUAAAACACCCGCACACCCACACAUACGAACACGUCGCAUCAGGGAAACAGACAAAAAAAAGAAUAAUGACGGAUGUAAUAAUAGCCAACGACCCCACCGAUGAUAUACAAGAUAAUAAACAUACCGCGAGUCGACCUGCAUGUAAAAUACUCGAUAAGUUUACUUCGAACCAAAAAAAGACACACGAUAUAUACUAUAUAUCCCCUGUUAAUAUAUACAACGUAUUCGCUAUAGCCGUGUACCGUUAUGCAAAGCAAAAUCAUGUGGAUCGGCAGUUAAAACACUCACAGGCGUGCACACACACACACCAAAAACGGUAACAAUAGCCGAGCGAGAACGUAUGUAGCUAGACGUUUACGACACACACUGGAGAAAAGGAGCUACUGUACUGCAGCACACGUGGUUUUCGUUGAACUUCGCCUAUUCUUUCUGUGAAACGCGUUCAAUCAAUUUGACAAUUAUCACUUACCCAAGUUUCGAUUCCCAUCCGAAGAACUUUACGUACACUUUUUCGUUUAUUUCUAACUAUUCGCGUCGUGAUGCAGUAGAGUAGCUCGUCCGCGAAUAUUCUAAAGGCGAUUGAGGAGACACUUGUGUAUCAGAGCGUGCGAUUCACCCCCGAGAGCGACGUCCUCUGAUUUGCUUGAUAAUAAUAAUAGGAAGUUUCACAAUUGCAUAUGUGCUUCGUUAAAAGCUCUCCGUGCGAUUAUGCACGACGCCCGGUUCUCCGUCGUGUGCGUGGACUCGCGCGAGCGAUCGACAUGUUAGAGGAAACAAACAAAUCCCCCCUCUCCCCCCCCCCCGCCCUUACUACGUAUCACGAGCAACUAUUAUGCGCAUAUUCCUAUCUAUGUUAUCGAAUUCUCGAAGAGGAGAGAAGAGGACGGUUGAGGAUGUGUUGGGAUGACGAAGACGAUGAUGACGAUGUGGAGAGAGCAAAAGCGGAAAACAAUGCAAGAGAGACGCCCCCACACCCCCCAAAGCUUGCCGAGAGACGAAGGAUGUGUAUCAACCAAAUCUUGUAAUCAUUCCAUUACGUACUGUAUUAAGGAUUAGCGCGAACGAUGUAUUGUAAAUCCAUAGAAGUUAUUAUUAUAUCAUAAUUAUUAUGUAAUAAAUAUUGUUGUUAACAUAA